AUGCCGAACCUAUGUGGGGGUCAAACCGAGCGUAAAAACAUUUGGGUAGCUGCCGGUGAUGGCGACCUAGAGAGAGUCAAAGAGUUGGUCGAAGCCGGACUUUCCCCGACGGUGGCCGAUGAGAACACAUACACCCCAUUACACGCAGCAGCUUCCUGGGGAAGACUGGAAGUCUUGAGAUACUUGCACUCUCAGGGCGGCGACAUGAAUACGACAGAUGAAGAAGGAGAUACGCCACUCUUCUCGGUCGAGGAUCUUGACACGGCGAAAUUGGUCAUAGAGCUAGGUGGCGACCCCCGCCACAAAAACUCAGAAGGAAAAACAGCGGCUGAAAACUUGGCUGAGGACUAUCCAGAAGUCUGUAAUUACCUGCGAAGUUUAGUUGGUGAACCGCCACUUGAGGAAUCAGCCAGUCAGUCGGAGCAAGAAGACCCGGCCGAGUCGAGCCUCGAUCCCACGAACGAGAUGACGAAAACGUUGAUCGACAAAGUUCGUGAAAUGAUGACUGAUGCAGAGUCGAAUGGAAUCGACACCGACUCGCCAGAACUAGACCUCCGGCUGCGUGAGCUGGUCACCAAGACCGUCGAUCAGUCGGUCGAUCUUGGUAAGCUCCUCGCGUCUAGCGGCCGUGAUCAUUCUCAGUCGGCCGCCGUCGUCGCGCAAGAUUUGGCGAGUGUGGCGGAAGGAGAAGAACCCACGGAAGAAAACAAACAAGCAGCCACUGGAUCCGACUCCAACAAAAGACAAAAGACUUGA